AGGCUAUCUAUUAUUCCCAUCUUCUUCUGUCAUCCCCUACUCCCUAGCUACUCUCUCAUCCCAUCCCGGGCGGCGCCACCAUAAAUCACCACCACCGCCAGCAAAAAAAUGCCAAGAAUUCUUCAAAAGAAAUUCUACCAUUGCUUCCCAAACUUCAAAUGCCUUCCCACAAAUCUCUCUCUAUCUUUCGAAGAAGAAGAAAAUGAACAAACUAUCAAAAACUUCAACUCUGUUUUCGACAUUCCCUCUGAUUCCGCCACUUCUAAAUCUCUCACUAAUUCCUCCACCCUAACAGGUGAUUACAUAUUCUCUUCUUUUGAAGAUUCAGAAUAUUCUGAUACUGAUUCCAACAAUAUUCCCGAUUUCUCCAAUGUCUUUGCAUCUCAACGCUUCUUCUUCUCUUCCCCUGGUAACUCCAACUCCAUUGUCGACUUUCCGACAACCCCUUCGCCGGAGAAGAGAGAAGAGGCGGUGGUCAACGGCGGCGUUGCAAUUCAAACGUACUCGCCUGACCCGUAUUCCGAUUUCCGACGAUCAAUGCAAGAAAUGGUGGAAGCUCAUGAGUUGACUGACGUGAAAACCAAUUGGGAAUUAUUGCAUGAACUUCUCAUCUGUUAUUUAAACCUUAAUCCGAAACAUACCCACAAAUAUAUUGUUGGUGCUUUCUCGGAUCUUGUUGUUUCUCUCAUGACAUCAUCGAAUGAUCGAGGAAAAAAAGACGAAAGGCACAGCUAGACAGUGAACAGUCAAUCAUCUUAUUGUAAAAAUUGAAUAGGUUCAAUUUACUAUCAUUAGGAUCUUCUAAAACGGUUAACUAAACCCAUCGAGUUGUCUGGAAAGAUCAAAAUAUCGUGAACUUCUUUUUGCAAAGAAGAAGCAAUGACGAUAUCGGAGGAAUAAGCAUCAACUAACGACUUCAGCCGGGGGCGUAUUCAAUCCAAUCACCGUAUAGAGUCAUCGUCACAUCCGUUGGUUUAACUUUUUUUUUUUCUAUCUAAACAUGUUUCGAAAGUUAGAUUUAGUUUUAAGAUUUUUGUUGGAAGGCUUUGUCUAUGGUGUAACAAAGUUUGACAUGUUUUUUCUUCUAAGAAGACAAAGUUGGAACAAGAAAAUCUAAGAAAACCAAGGAAAGCGUGGGACGUUAAUGUGCCUCGAUGCAUGUAAUUUUUCUAACGUCUUAUAUUACUACUACACUUAGCAGUA